AUGACUAAGGUAUUUUAUUUUAUUCCAACAGAUGAUAAUCAAGUGAGAACAGAAGAAAAAAGAAAUCUUUGUCUGGAAAGAUCCAAAACAGCAGAACUUAAGAAGACAUCAUUGGGAAGAGCCAAAGGAAAUAUCUUAUCGUUUCACAAUGAGGAAGAGAUAGUGCUUGGGAAACAGCCAGAAUCCAAAGUACUCCAAAACUAUGAAACCAAGAAGCAAGCUAAAAGGACAUUGCCUUCUGAGGAAAUCUCUGGAAGCACAGCAAGCAAAGAGGUAAACCAGCAAAAAGCCAAAAAAACAUGCACAGAAUGUGGAAACACAUGUGAGGUUUUUGAGCUCCCUCCAAAUCAGAAAGCACAAACAGAAGAUGAGUUUUACAUCUGCCCCCGUUGUGAGAAGACUUUCAAGAAUGGUGCAUCCCUCAUGCCAAAGCAAGGGACCGUAGCAGUGGCAAAACCCUACCCUUGCUCCGAAUGCGGCAAAAGCUUUGGUACGAAAGCGUCCCUCUUGAAACACAAGGGGACCCAUUCAGGGGAGAAACCGUACAUCUGCUCGGAGUGUGGAAAGUGCUUCACCACGAGCUCAAAUCUGAUCUACCAUAACAUUAUCCACACGGGAGAGAAGCCAUACAAGUGCUCCAACUGUGGCAAGAGCUUCCACUGGAAGUCAUCCCUGAUUACUCACGAGCGGACCCACACAGGGGAAAAGCCAUAUGAGUGUCCUGACUGUGGCAAGAGCUUUGGCAUCAGCUCCCAGCUUCUGCGGCACAAGCGGGUGCACACGGGCGAGAAGCCGUACCACUGUUCCGAGUGCGGGCGCAGCUUCAAACAGAUAGCUUCACUGAUUGCGCACAAGCGGAUGCACACGGGCGAGAAACCGUUUGAAUGCUCCGAGUGCGGAAGGGGUUUCAGCACCAGGACAAACCUAAUGAUGCACAAACGAGUACAUACAGGAGAGCGGCCAUAUAAAUGCUCAUAUUGCGGACAGAGCUUCAUCCAACGGACACACCUGAUCAUCCAUCAGCGCACUCACACAGGAGAGAAGCCCUACACAUGCCCCGAAUGUGGGAAACGUUUCAGUGCCAAGUCCCCCCUCAUCACCCACCGAAAGACUCACACAGGAGAGAAUCUAUACCAGUGCUUCCAGUGUGGAAAAAGCUUCAGCACCAGUUCUAACCUCCUGAAUCACAACAUAAUCCACACGGGGGAGAAGCCCCACAAAUGCUCAGACUGCGGCAAAUGCUUCAAUCGGAAAUCCUCCCUCAUUACACACCAGAGGACCCACACCGGGGAGAAGCCCUAUGCCUGCUUUGAGUGUGGAAAGCGUUUCAUUUCUAGCUCAGAUCUUACAAAACAUAAAAAGGUGCACAAGGAAAAACAUGCAGUUGGUGCUGAGCCGGGCACCAUACAAGCUGGAGAGCAGCCAUCUUAA